AUGGGUUCUGAAGGACAGCUCAACCUUCCUGUUCUAGAUUUCUCAAAGAAAGAUUUGAAGCCAGGGACCAAUACCUGGUUAUCAACAUGCACAAGUGUGCGCCAAGCAUUUGAAGAGUAUGGCUGCUUCAUAGUUUUGUAUGAUAAAGCUUCUGAUAAGCUUCAAAAUGGUGUAUUCGGUUCACUGAAGGAGCUGUUCAAUCUCCCAACAGAAACCAAACUGAAGAACACAUAUGAGGGCAAGCCCUUGAAAGGCUACGUUGGACAGCACCCCAAGAUUCCACUCCAUGAAAGCAUGGGCAUAGAUGAGGGAGCAACACUUGAGGGGAUUCAAAGUUUCGCUGAAAAAUUAUGGCCUAACGGAAAUGAUCAAUUCUGUAAAUAUUUGUUUGAGUAUGCAAAGCUAGCAGAAGAAUUGGAUCGGAUGGUGGCCAGAAUGAUAUUUGAAAGCUAUGGUCUGGUGGAGCACUAUGACGCAUACAUAGGAUCAACAAGUUAUCUCCUCCGACUUUUGGCACACAAAGCACCGGAACAGGUUGAACCUCAACUGGGUUUUGUGUCUCACACUGACAAGAGCUUCACAACAAUUCUUCACCAGAAUCAUGUCAACGCACUCAUGGUGGAGACAAAGGAUGGUAAUUGGAUUGAUGUCGAUUACUCUUCACCUACUUCCUUUGUCGUCAUGGCUGGCGAUGCACUCAUGGCUUGGAGCAACGACAGAAUAAAGUCUCCUAAUCAUAAAGUACUUUUGAUGACUGGGAAUGAAAUAAGGUAUUCUCUUGGUCUGUUUGCCUUCUGCAGAGGGAUUUUACAAGUACCUGAAGAGCUAAUUGAUGAGGAACACCCUUUGCAAUAUAAGCCAUUUGAUCAUCUUGCAUUACUGAACCUCGCAUACAGUGCUAAUAUUAAAGAUUAUUGUGGUGUGUGAAAAGUUUGCUUAGGUUUAAAUUUUAAACAAGUUGUGUGAUAUAUAUCACAUACUAUUAUAUCUUUGGCAAGAUCUUCUGUUUGUUCUGUCGCAAGAUUUUAAUUAUGUGGGUGGUUACGUUUU